GAGAAGUUAAAUAACUUGACCAAGAUUUCACAGGCCAAGUCAUGACUACAGUAGCGGUACAUGUGGACUCCAAAGCUGAGCUCACUACCCUGCUGGAGCAGUGGGAAAAGGAACAUGGCAGUGGGCAGGACAUGGUACCUAUCCUUACCAGGAUGUCUGAAUUGAUUGAAAAAGAAACUGAAGAAUAUCGUAAGGGGGAUCCAGACCCAUUUGAUGAUCGACAUCCUGGUCGAGCUGAUCCAGAGUGUAUGCUGGGCCACUUGCUGAGAAUACUCUUCAAGAAUGAUGAUUUCAUGAAUGCACUGGUGAAUGCAUAUGUGAUGACAAGCCGAGAGCCCCCUUUAAACACUGCUGCUUGCAGACUCCUACUGGACAUCAUGCCAGGGCUAGAAACUGCUGUCGUCUUUCAAGAAAAGGAAGGAAUUGUUGAGAAUCUUUUCAAAUGGGCCCGAGAGGCUGAUCAGCCACUGAGGACAUAUUCCACUGGUCUAUUAGGAGGUGCUAUGGAAAAUCAAGACAUUGCUGCCAACUACAGGGAUGAAAAUUCACAGCUGGUGGCAAUAGUACUUCGAAGACUGAGGGAGCUACAGCUUCAGGAAGUAGCUUUGAGGCAAGAAAGCAAGCGUCCUAGCCCACGAAAGCUCUCCUCUGAACCCCUUUUGCCUCUGGAUGAAGAAGCUGUGGAUAUGGACUAUGGCGACAUGGCUGUAGAUGUAGUGGAUGGCGAACAAGAGGAAGCUUCUGGAGACAUGGAGAUCUCCUUUCAUCUUGAUUCAGCCCACAAGACCAGUAGCAGAGUGAACUCAGCAACUAAACCUGAGGAAGGAGGAUUGAGGAAAAACAAGUCAGCAAAACAGGGUGACAGAGAGAGCUUUAGGAAAGCCAAGCAAAAGUUGGGUUUCUCAUCAUCUGAUCCAGAUCGCAUGUUUGUUGAGCUGUCUAACAGCAGCUGGUCAGAAAUGUCCCCCUGGGUGAUUGGCACCAAUUAUACCCUUUAUCCUAUGACUCCUGCUAUCGAGCAGCGACUUAUUCUCCAGUAUCUGACCCCUUUAGGAGAAUAUCAGGAGUUACUUCCCAUAUUCAUGCAACUUGGAUCACGGGAUUUGAUGAUGUUCUAUAUUGACUUGAAACAGACUAACGAUGUCCUACUUACAUUUGAGGCACUCAAGCACCUAGCAUCUCUCCUGCUCCAUAACAAGUUUGCCACAGAAUUUGUUGCACAUGGUGGAGUACAGAAAUUACUGGAAAUUCCUCGUCCUUCUAUGGCUGCAACUGGUGUAUCCAUGUGCUUGUAUUACCUGUCCUACAACCAGGAUGCCAUGGAAAGAGUUUGCAUGCAUCCCCACAACGUUCUGUCUGAUGUGGUGAACUACACACUGUGGUUAAUGGAAUGUUCUCAUGCUUCAGGAUGCUGCCAUGCUACCAUGUUUUUCUCAAUCUGCUUCUCCUUCCGGGCUGUAUUGGAACUCUUUGACCGCUAUGAUGGUCUUCGUCGUCUGGUGAACUUGAUCAGUACUUUGGAGAUUCUAAAUUUGGAAGAUCAGGGUGCACUUCUGAGUGAUGAUGAAAUAUUUGCUAGCCGCCAAACUGGGAAACAUACAUGCAUGGCCUUGCGCAAGUACUUUGAGGCUCACCUGGCCAUUAAAUUGGAACAAGUGAAGCAGUCACUUCAGAGGACUGAGGGUGGCAUUCUUGUUCAUCCUCAACCCCCUUACAAGGCAUGUUCAUAUACUCAUGAACAGAUUGUGGAAAUGAUGGAGUUUUUGAUAGAAUAUGGCCCAGCGCAGCUAUAUUGGGAGCCAGCUGAAGUCUUCCUCAAACUUUCUUGUGUCCAACUCUUGUUGCAGCUUAUUUCUAUUGCUUGUAAUUGGAAGACCUAUUAUGCAAGGAAUGACACUGUGCGCUUUGCUUUGGAUGUCUUGGCUAUUCUCACUGUUGUGCCAAAAAUUCAGCUCCAGUUGGCAGAAUCAGUGGAUGUGCUGGAUGAGGCUGGCUCCACCGUCUCCACUGUAGGUAUCAGCAUUAUUUUGGGAGUGGCUGAGGGUGAGUUCUUUAUUCAUGAUGCUGAAAUUCAGAAGUCCGCACUUCAGAUUAUCAUCAAUUGUGUGUGUGGCCCGGAUAACAGAAUUUCUAGUAUUGGCAAAUUUAUCUCUGGAACUCCUCGGAGAAAGCUGCCUCAGACUCCCAAAAGCAGUGAGCACACUCUGGCCAAGAUGUGGAAUGUGGUCCAGUCCAACAAUGGCAUCAAGGUGCUUCUGUCCUUACUCUCCAUCAAGAUGCCCAUCACAGAUGCAGACCAGAUCCGGGCCCUGGCCUGCAAGGCCCUGGUGGGCCUGUCUCGCAGUAGCACUGUCCGGCAGAUCAUCAGCAAACUGCCCCUUUUUAGCAGCUGUCAAAUCCAGCAACUGAUGAAAGAGCCUGUGCUGCAGGACAAACGCAGUGACCAUGUCAAGUUCUGCAAGUAUGCUGCUGAGCUCAUUGAACGGGUGUCAGGAAAGCCACUUCUCAUUGGCACUGAUGUGUCCCUGGCACGACUGCAGAAAGCAGAUGUUGUUGCCCAGUCAAGGAUCUCCUUUCCUGAGAAAGAGCUGCUUCUGCUGAUACGAAACCAUCUCAUUUCUAAAGGGCUUGGGGAGACAGCAACUGUGCUGACUAAAGAGGCUGACCUGCCCAUGACUGCUGCCUCCCAUUCUUCUGCCUUCACCCCAGUCACUGCUGCUGCUUCUCCUGUUUCUCUUCCCCGUACCCCUCGCAUCGCCAAUGGCAUUGCAACUCGACUGGGCAGCCAUGCUGCUGUGGGUGCCUCUGCCCCUUCUGCCCCCACUGCUCAUCCUCAGCCACGGGCCUCCCAGGGUUCACUAGCUCUGCCUGGCCCAUCUUAUGCAGGCAACUCUCCUUUGAUUGGUAGGAUCAGUUUUAUCAGAGAGAGGCCAUCACCCUGCAAUGGCAGGAAAAUCAGAGUGUUGCGGCAGAAGUCGGACCAUGGCGCCUACAGCCAAAGCCCAGCCAUAAAAAAGCAGUUGGACAGACAUCUUCCUUCCCCACCUACGCUGGACAGUAUCAUCACAGAAUAUCUUAGAGAGCAGCAUGCUCGCUGCAAGAACCCAGUUGCCACCUGCCCACCUUUCUCUCUCUUUACUCCUCACCAAUGUCCUGAGCCAAAACAGAGGCGGCAAGCGCCAAUAAACUUUACCUCAAGGCUAAACCGCAGGGCAUCAUUUCCAAAGUAUGGAGGGGUGGAUGGCGGAUGCUUUGAUAGGCACCUUAUCUUUAGCAGGUUCCGUCCUAUUUCAGUGUUCCGGGAAGCCAAUGAGGAUGAGAGUGGCUUCACCUGUUGUGCAUUCUCAGCACGAGAGCGGCUCCUGAUGCUUGGCACCUGCACCGGGCAAUUGAAGCUCUAUAAUCUCUAUAAUGUGUUUAGUGGACAGGAGGAGGCCAGCUAUAACUGUCACAACUCAGCUAUCACACACCUUGAACCUUCCAGGGACGGGUCCUUGCUGCUGACAUCUGCUACUUGGAGCCAGCCUCUGUCUGCACUUUGGGGAAUGAAAUCAGUAUUUGAUAUGAAGCAUUCCUUCACAGAAGAUCACUAUGUUGAGUUCAGUAAGCACUCUCAGGAUCGAGUCAUAGGCACAAAAGGAGACAUUGCCCAUAUUUAUGAUAUUCAGACUGGCAACAAGCUGUUGACUCUGUUUAACCCAGAUCUUGCCAACAACUACAAGAGGAACUGUGCCACCUUUAAUCCUACAGAUGAUCUUGUCUUAAAUGAUGGCGUCCUCUGGGAUGUCCGCUCUGCACAGGCCAUCCACAAGUUUGACAAGUUCAACAUGAACAUCAGUGGCGUUUUCCAUCCGAAUGGGCUGGAGGUCAUCAUUAAUACUGAGAUUUGGGACCUUCGUACUUUCCAUCUUUUACACACAGUUCCUGCUCUAGAUCAGUGUCGAGUGGUGUUCAACCACACGGGGACAGUGAUGUAUGGAGCUAUGUUGCAGGCAGAUGAUGAAGAUGACUUACUGGAAGAGAGGAUGAAAAGCCCUUUUGGAUCAUCAUUCCGAACAUUUAAUGCAACUGAUUACAAACCUAUAGCGACCAUUGAUGUGAAACGGAACAUUUUUGACCUAUGUACAGACACCAAAGACUGCUAUCUUGCUGUCAUCGAGAACCAAGGCAGCAUGGAUUCUCUGAACAUGGACACAGUGUGCAGGCUAUAUGAAGUAGGCAGGCAGCGUCUGGCAGAGGAUGAGGAUGAAGAGGAGGACCAGGAAGAGGAAGAACAGGAGGAAGAAGAUGACGAUGAAGAUGAUGACGACACUGAUGAUUUAGAUGAGCUUGACACUGACCAGUUGCUGGAGGCGGAGUUGGAGGAGGAUGACAACAAUGAGAAUGCAGGGGAGGAUGGGGACAAUGACUUUUCUCCCUCUGAUGAGGAGCUAGCAAACCUGCUAGAGGAGGGAGAGGACGGAGAAGAUGAAGACUCUGAUGCAGAUGAGGAAGUGGAACUGAUCCUGGGGGACACCGACAGCUCUGACAACUCUGAUUUGGAAGAUGACAUCAUCUUAUCUCUAAAUGAGUGA